AAUAUAUCCAGUUAACACCGAGGUAGGACAUAUUUAAGUCCAUUAUUAACACCCUAAAACCAUAAUUCGCUUUAACGCAUCAUAAAAAGUACAAAUAAUCGCCUGUGUUUAAAGUUUAUUUUGGUGGCGCAAACAAUGAAGCCUGCCACUAGCGUCGCUGCAGAUCCUCCAUCAUCUUCCGCCUCAUUCAAUAGCGCAGCGAGGAGGAAGAGGAGACACCAGCGGGCUCCCUCGCCAGCUGCAGCCCAGGAACAGGCUACUAAGCGAGCUCAGAGACACUCGGGCCGGUCUACGUCUCCUCUUUCCGCGGGACGGAGCAGUAACACCGGUGUGAAGGAGACUCUGAGGUCCGCUGACGGAAGGGAGAGGGAGCCCGAGAGCUACGGCGGGGCAGCUGUUCAUCCGGAUGGUGCUGAAGCUGGUGUAGUAGGAGCAAACAGGGCGGAUGCUGUCGAGGGGGAUCCGAUAAAUUCAUCCGUACCGGCCCGUCGCUCCACUCUUCACCUACCCUGCUUUAAAGCCGACUCCUCCCUGCGUUUUGUAUCGGACAGAUCCUCCUCUUCUCCCCCCCCAGCGGAGGAGAGCCGUAGAAGAGCCGGAGAGGAGAACAAGAGAGGCGGCGUAUCGGUGGGCUGUGGCCCGGGCCUCGGUUUGGGUUUAUGGAGAGGAGGAUGCUUGCAGGCUGAAUUGAUCCAGUUUCAUCUGCAAAAGAGACUGAGAAGACGUGGUCCGAAGAUGCAAACCAAGACGGAAAACAUAGGGGCCGAGGAGAUGGCUGUGGGAGCGCCGGAGCCGGCUGCAGAGGCGGGGUCCGUGACACAGCAGGACCAGGACCAGGCCUUCGAAGACGAGAUGGAGAGACUGCUCGAUGAAAAUGAAGAUCUUAAGUGUGAAAUAGAGGAAAUGAGAACUGAGAUGGACGAGAUGCGAGACACGUUCUACGAGGAAGACACUUGUCAGCUGCAAGAGAUGAGGCGUGAGCUGGAGAGGGCUAAUAAGAACUGCCGGAUCCUGCAGUACCGACUGAGAAAGGCAGAGAGAAAAAGGCUCCGUUAUGCCCAGACAGGAGAGAUCGAUGAAGAGCUGCUCAGGAGCCUAGAACAGGACCUGAAGGUAGCGAAGGACGUGUCUGUGAGACUGCACCAUGAGCUUGAAAAGGUGGAGGAGAAACGCACGAAGACAGAGGAGGAAAAUGAAAAACUGAGACAGAAACUCAUAGAGGUGGAAGUUACCAAACAAGCCUUGCAGAAUGAACUAGAUAAAACCAAAGAGUCUCAAAAGAGAAGAGGAAGCAAAGACGUCCAGAAGACAGACAGAAAACCUGCACAGACUCCUACAGAGGAGGACAACGAGGACCUAAAGUGCCAGCUAGCUUUCAUCAAAGAGGAAGCAGUGCUCAUGAGGAAGAAGACAGCCAAGAUUGACAAAGAGAAGGACCGUCUGGAGCAAGAGCUGCAGAAGUACCGCUCCUUCUAUGGAGAACUGGACAGCACCCAUCCCAAAGGAGAGGCUGGCGGUCCGCCCACAACCCGCGAGUCAGAGCUCAAGCUGCGGCUACGACUAGUGGAGGAGGAGGCCAACAUCUUGGGCAGGAAAAUAGUUGAAUUGGAGGUUGAGAACCGUGGCCUGAGGGCUGAGCUUGACGAUAUUCGUGGUGAAGGAGAGGGUGCUGGAAGCUCUGGGUGUGGAGCGACGGGUGGGUCAGGUGGAGGUCGAGGCCUUGGCGAUGACCUGACAGAGCUCAGACAGCAGCUGCAGUUGGUGGAGGAUGAAGCAGAGCUGCUGAGGAGGAACCUAGCUGAUUCUGAAGAUCAAAACAAGAGAGUGACUGCUGAGCUGAACAAGCUACGAUUUAAAGCGGGCACACAUGAAGGAGGCAGCAGGCACGGGGGAGGAGCAGGAGCUGCAGGGAUGGAUGCAGCAAAGGCAGAGGCCUUGCAGGAGGAGUUAAAGGCAGCAAGGCUACAGAUUAAUGAUCUAAGUGGCAAGGUGAUGCAACUGCAGUACGAGAACCGAGUGCUCCUCUCCAACAUGCAGCGUUAUGACCUGGCAUCCCAUCUGUCCCUGCGGCCCAGCCCUCGGGACAGCGACGCAGAGAGCGACGCCGGCGGCACCACUAGUGGUCGCAGAGAGAGUGAUGAGGACUCUACCUCCUCCCGCCUCCUCCCACCACACCGCAAGCGUGAGGGUCCUGUAGGGGGGGAAAGUGACUCCGAUGAAGUCAGAAAUAACAACAGCAGCAGUCGAUGCAUGACCCCAACGAGGGGACUCUACACACCUCCUGGGUCUGAGGGCGCCGCUUCAUCCGCCUUGGCGCGCUUCCUGCCUGGUGCCCGAUGCAGCUUGCGUGACAGACAGCAAAUGAUCGACAUACGCGUGGAAGCAGAGAGGCUGGUUCGGACCAUCGACCGGCUCAUUGCGGAUACAGCCACAGUCAUCUCAGAGGCGAGGGUCUAUGUUUCAAAUGGUGACCUGAUGUUUGGGAGAGGAGGGGAGGAGGGUGCAGAGGAUGAUGGGAGUAGGAUCAGGGAACAUGAGCUGCUUUAUCGCAUUAAUGCUCAGAUGAAGGCAUUUCGAAAAGAACUGCAGGGCUUCAUCGACAGACUGGAAGUGCCGAGGCUGGAGGACAGGGAGACAGACGAGCCGCUGUCUAUGUUCCAGCCGAUCAUUUUGCUCAUCCUUAUACUUGUGUUGUUCUCAUCCCUCUCUUAUGCCACCAUCUUUAAACUAGUCUUUCUUUUUACUCUUUUCUUUGUACUGUGAUGUACACCACCCUUAAUUCAUAUCAUACCCUGUUUGUUUUUGCACUUUUUAUUUUUUGUCCUCCCCGCGUCAUUUGUUGCCAAGGUAACCAAAAGCACAGGAAAAGCUCUGCACUUGCCAAGACUACAGUCACAUUCAAGAUGGAGAGCUUGAUCCAACACUGGAGUCUACAUUAUCCACAACACACCACUGACAUCACCACUGUACUUACAGAAGAGCACUUGCUGUACCAUCCUGCUGUUGUUAACUCAAGCGUUUCCAGGCCAUCGAUCCUUCUGCACUAAGUGGCAACCAGACAGUGACCUCUGACAAGAGAGUGAAACAGGAGUAAGGGGAAAUUGCCAUUUAAAAAGGCCUGUGGGUAU